UGACUCCUGAUGAUCUGUUAAAGUUUGAUUGGUGCAUCGAUAUUAGUGAAGGUGUGACAGCUACUAAUACGAUUGAGAGCCCUGAUAUGAAAGUUUGGCAAAGGAAAUAUCAACUCGUUACACUAAAAGAAAAAUUUAAAAAGUUAGAAUAUCUCCGUAAUAAGUCUCGUUUACGUUUAAUAAGUACUGGUAUCUUUUGUAUUCUAGGGCUUGGUAUUGGCAUUUUACUUUUCAAAAUAGAAGACUAUGAAUCAGGGCUUAAUAUUAAGGGCGUUAUUUCAACUUCUAUUUUUGGAUCAGGGAGCGUUGGGGAGUUUUAUGAAUAUAUAGUUAUCACUCUCAUUAGUUUUUCUUGUGCCUGUCUAUGGGGGAUCAUUGCUACCUAUUUUUGCUUUGAAUAUAUUAUUCCUUUAAUAGAGGAAGAAGUUGAAAACAAAGAUAUUGAAAAUAAUAUUGCUUCUGAAUGUCUAG